AGCUGUGCUGUGGGCUUUUCAAUACAGCACCAGUUGCUUUUCUGCCUCCGUGGACUUUUGGACACAUCUCUGAACAUCCACAGGUAGUUCGCAGCGUAAAAUCGCUUUUGCAUUUUCUAGUCAGACGCAUUUGGACACCACUCGGUUUUUUUCCAUUAUCUGGAUACAUUUCACGUUUAUGCAUUCGGUAGGCUCUUUUAUCCAAAGUGCAUUCAAGCUAUACGUCUUAUACAUGGAUAUCAACGUGCACUUUAUUGCGAAAUGUGAACUAAGCCGUAUGUGAAAAAGAUGCGUGUUUGCAAACCUUUGCAGCUGAUGAAUUUUUCAUAAGUUUCCAUAAAAAAGAAACUCUUGAAGUCGAUUAUAAGUUUGGAUGUGAAGGCAAAUAGAGGAGAACAAUGGCGAACGAGCUCAAGCCUCGGUUGUGUCUAAUGAAGAAAGUAGAGAACGGGUAUGGCUUUCAUCUACACGGGGAGAAAGGCAAAACUGGACAGUACAUACGGAAAGUGGAACGCGCGUCCCCGGCCGAGGCAUCGGGGCUGCGCGCGGGCGACCGUUUGGUUGAGGUAAACGGCGUGAACGUGGAAAAAGAAACGCACCAUCAGGUGGUGCAGAGGAUCAAAGCUUUGGAAAACGAGACCAAACUGCUGGUGGUUGACCGGGAAGCGGACGAGUAUUUUCGCAGUUUGCGUAUCACCUGUACGGAGGAAAUGGCCAUCAGAACGAACCCUCCCGCCACGACCCCCUCCCCUUCACCUUCCUCCAGUAAACAAGGCAACGGAUCCGUGUCCAAACGGCCGGAGAUAUCCAAACCCAUCAGGAAAGCUCCAUCACGAGCUCUUAAGAAGGAGGUUCAGCCUUCUUCAGACUCCUCAAACAGAGAUCCAUCUGAGCUUCUGCCUAGACUCUGUUGCCUCAUCCGCUCUGAGACGGGUUAUGGUUUUAACCUGCACAGCGAGAAGUCCAAACCGGGUCAGUACAUACGGGCACUGGACCCCGACUCGCCCGCCGACCGCGCUGGACUCAAACCACAGGACAGACUCAUAGAGGUGAAUGGUGUAAACAUUGAAUCUAUGAGACAUGCAGAAGUUGUGGCCUUUAUCAAGAAGGGAGGUAAUGAGACGCGUUUGCUGGUGGUUGAUCCAGACACAGAUGAACACUUCAAAAAGAUGGGCAUCACUCCCACCAGCAUUCAUGUUAAAGAUUUUGAUGAGUCCAUAACGAACGGCUCCUCGAGCCCUCACGUGAACGGGACGUCCUCGCGGUCGACGCACUCUGAUGGCAGCAGUCAAGACAUGAACACGCAACUCUCGAGAGACAGCGGCAGUCAUAUUCUCGACCCGUUUGAAGAAAUGGGCCUGAGUCUGAGUCCAACAGCGGCGGAGGCGAAGGAGAAGGCCCACGCCAAGCGCGCUAAAAAAAGAGCACCGCAGAUGGACUGGAACAAGAAACACGAGAUUUUUAGCAAUUUCUAAAUCGUUAAAGACUUGCGUUGCAUUGGACACCCUGGAUACCUGACUGCUUUUGACGCAAAAGCCUAUUUUUGUAAAAAAAAAAAAAGGAAACUUUAAACAAAAAGUUGAAAAACUCACCAGUAGGGAUUACGUGAGCUAUGCUACGUCUUUAAAUGACACUUACUAGCAACUCAACAUUGUGAAGAGCUCAUUCACUGUUAUGUGCAUCUAAGAGUAUCAUCAACAAUGAAUUACCAAACGCCAAAUACUUACAUUUGGAAAUCAUAUCCAUGAUACUUUGAAAACCAAAACUGAGGUUGGAACAGAAUCACAUUAGUAUAUUUAGGAUGUCACUUGGUUUAUGUUUUAUGUGAUAUAUCAUUACUUAUGAAGGAAUAAGUCGAUUUUAUCUUUGCCAAAGACAUGACCCAUAAACAUUCUGAGCAGGAAAGCAUUGAAGGGAAGUACCACUGAUGUGUAGCGUUUGGGAAAUUUUGUGAUUUCGGAAGUAAAAUUGGAGCAAGACCAAGCAAGCAAUUCCACUUCUUCAACACUAGAGGACGCCGCUAAUGCACACUUGCCCUUCAUCGUGACAGAAGCAUGUGGUUGGAGUUUAGGAAAACCUCAUCUCAACCACCAGAGGGACCAUAACAGUUGCAACGUACAUGCCACAGAGUAUCAUUCCUGUAUUAACAGUAUGAUCUACUGGUGCAUUCUGGGAUGUGUUGAUAACCUGACAGACCAUGCAAAGCUGAAUGCUGAAUCAGUUUGAAACAUUCACAUGUGCACAUGGCUGAUUCGGAGAUGUUUGAAACCGUAUUGAUGCUGUGAGCCACACAGAUAAUCACAGAUAAAAGUAUGUAAAGACGGCCGGAUUUACACAAUUCAAUGUCCUUUAAACGCACUCAUCUCAUGAACGUUUAUCAUGGGUCGAAUAGGAUAAGACCACUUAGUAUCUGAUCCCCUAUUGGUGGAGUCCAAAAUUCAAGGUCUAUAAUGCAGACAAUCAUAAAAGCUUUUGAAAGAGCGCUACAGUAUAUGCAUUUACAACACUCUUAAUGUGAUAUGUAACAUCAGCAUUACUUUAAUUCCUCUUAAUAAUUCAUGAUACAUUUCAUGUUUGUCAUUUAGUAUUAAUGUAGUCAAGUAAUAUAGUCAAUGUUUUUGUUUUUCUUUUCAUCCACCUAUGCUGACACCGAGCGCUAAUGGGAAAUGAUUUCCUAUCAGAUUAUUCAUAUUAGUAUUAUUUUUAUCAAUAAAGUGUGAUAUUCA